AUGCUUGCACCUUUUCUGCCUGCUUAAUUUGAUGAAAAGGGAGUUAAUAAAGCCUUUUACACCCCUAUGUUUGUAUCCUACACAGUAUUUUUCUUUUUAACAUCUAUCUUCGCUGGAAAAAUGCAAGGCAAGUUUGGUCGAAAGUUAACUAUAAGAGUGUCUCUAAAAUGUGUAAGAUCAACUGCCUUGUAAAAAAAAUACAGUCCACUAUUUCUUAUUUUUGGAUUUUUCGGGAGAAUUAUACAAGGUGUUGGAACUGGUUUACUUCAAACUGCAUGUAGAAUUAUUCAAAAUUUAUCUACUUAUUUAGCCUACUCAGAACUAUUGAUAUAGUUUCCUGAAAUUUAAGAGCAGUUAGUUUCAUUUAUGGAGUUCGGAUGCGGACUAAUUUUUUUGCUUUACGGAGUGUUUAUGAAUCAGUUAAUUAACUUUGUCGACCAUGAUAGUGAUUAGAAUGAUGAAAGGAGAGGAUCUAUAUCAAGUAUAGAGCAAUUAAUCCAAUAGAGUUUUAAAGAUAAGAAUAAAGAUUUUGGCUCAACAGAUUAAGAUGAAAGACCCUCGAUUAUGCUAAAUACUCAAAACUUUUAAUAAGAUAAUGAUUAAAGACUAUCUCUGCUUAAUAGUGAUCUUUAGAAUAGCCAAUAAAAUAUGCUAAUUUAAAGGUAGACUUUGAUUGCAGACUCUGCAAGAAAUACUAAAAUAGAGAAUUUCUCCCAAUAAUAGCUGAAAGUAUCUCAAAACUUGAAUUAGGAUAAAUAAAGCAAUCUUACUCCUAUUGAAGAAGUAUAAAAUUAGUUUAGCAAGGAUUAUGAGUCUAUUGAAGAAUAGAAGACUAAAAUUGAGCAGAUAAAUCAAGGGUAAAAGUAUGAUAAUCUAAACUAUAUUCAUGUGAUGAAAACAUCAAGAGGGAUAUUUGCUUUUCUAGACGUUAUGAUGUGCUGUCAAAUGUUCAACUUCUGUGAUACUACUCUCUCUGAUUACUUUAAGGAUACUUAUUAAUUAAGGCCUGAGAUAAUCAGUUUACUUUACUCUGUUCAAAGUAUUGCCUUUCUAAGUAUGUGUUUUGUUGCACCUAGAGCAGCAAAAAGAUUCAAUCUGGUCAUAUGUGUAGUAAUUGCUUAAUACAUACAAUGCUUUGCUUCGUAUUUAAUAGGGCCAUCUUAGUUCUUUGGUAUGCCCCAAGAGAUUUGGAUAACUAUGCUUGGCUUCAUCAUAUCUGGUCUAGCAUCUCCAUUCACAAUUGUUCCUCCUUACAAAGAACUUGAGAACUCAUUACAGGUAUAUGAGGGCAAAAACAAAUUCAAUCCAGAUGCUGUUUAAGAUGUUGUAUCUGGAUUGUUUAAUGCUGCAUAUGCAAUGGGUGGAAUCACUGGACCAACUUUCGGGGGUUAUGUAACUUUAUACUAUGGAUUUAGAACAACAACAGAUAUAUAAGGGAUAUUUAUGGGUUCACUUGCAACUCUAUAGCUUUUGAUAGUUUAUUUACCUGAAAGAUUAAAUAGAAAAGCCGGCUAUAAAGUAUUAUAAGAAAAAAGAUAAGUAGAAUUCAGUAAAUCAGAGUUGGAAUUUUAAGAUUGA